UGCGUGCGGGGAGCCUGCGCGUCCGGGCGCUUCGUGCGGGCCGCUGCUCGGGGUUGUUCAUCCAGCGGGAAAGAUCCUUGAGGAGGAAUCUGCAAAUACUGGAGCGCGCCCCUGCCGUCCUUCGUGUGCGCAGGUUUAUUGGCAAAGCUGUGCUGGGGUAACGCAGAGAGAGAGGGGGAGAGUUGUUAAAAAUACCUGGGCUUUCGUGUUUCCUCCGCCGUGUUUUCCUACCUUUUUUAAGGCCUCUGGUUAAAAUCUACCUUCUGACAACAAGGAAGCUGAAACAAUGGGAGUGACUUCUCUAUGGCAAAUCCUUGAGCCUGUAAGACAACCUGUCAACCUGAGUAGUCUCAGAGGGAAAACACUUGCUGUUGAUUUAAGUUUGUGGGUUUGUGAAGCACAGACCGUUAAAAAGAUGGUUGGAGUAGUUACCAAGCCUCAUCUCAGAAACCUAUUUUUUCGGUUCUCUUUCUUUACAUCAAUGGGAAUUAAACUAGUGUUUGUCAUGGAAGGAGAGGCCCCCAGGUUGAAAGCAGACACCAUGAGCAGGAGGAAUGAGAUGCGCUAUGGGCCUUCGAAGAAAUCUGGAGCUGUAAGAACAGGGAGAUCUUUAUUUAAAGCCAUGUUGAAAGAGUGUCUUGAACUGCUGGAGUGUUUAGGUGUCCCUUGGGUUCAAGCAGCUGGAGAAGCAGAGGCAAUGUGUGCCUACCUAAAUGCAAAAGGACUUGUUGAUGGCUGCAUUACCAAUGAUGGAGAUGUUUUCUUGUAUGGAGCUGAAACAGUUUAUAGGAACUUUGCCAUGAACGCUAAGGAUCCACAUCUUGACAGUUACACAAUGUCCUCUAUUAAAGAGAAACUCGGUUGUGACAGAGAGUCUUUGAUUGGGCUAGCAGUUCUUCUGGGCUGUGAUUAUCUUCCAAAGGGGGUUCCAGGAGUUGGGAAGGAACAAGCUUUAAAGUUAAUUGAGACUCUGCAAGGUCAAAACUUAUUGCAAAGGUUUGAACAGUGGAAGGAACAAUUUCAGUAUGAUGAUAAUCCACCUUUGGUUGUUAAAAGGGUAAUUCACUGUUCAGAGUGCCAUCAUCCAGUUUCUAUGUCUAUUGCUAUAGGAUCUUACAAGGAACAUGAGCACAAUGGAUGUAAAUUCUGUGAAAGUGUGAGAUGCUGCAAACCCAGGGACUCCAAACAUUGCUGCCCUUGUGCAUGGCAUCAGUGGGAACAAGUGAAACAAGCCAGUGCAGUGGAGGACAGUAUCAGAAAAAAAGCCAAGAGUUGUGAGGGCUUUCCAUUCUCUGAGGUUAUCCAAGAGUUUCUUGUAAACAAGAAUAAAUUGAUCAAUGUAAAGGAAUGUCGAAGGCCAAAUUUAUUGUCUUUUCAGCUAUUUGCUUCAGAGAAGAUGGAAUGGACCAAACAUUACGCUUGUAAGAAGCUGUUAGCACUUCUGACACGUUAUGAUAUGAUCCAGAGAAAAUCUGGGUACAUUGACUCAAAACAACUGCAGGCAAUACGGAUUGUCAAGACACGUGUUAAAAAUGGAAUUCCUUGUUUUGAAAUUGAAUGGCAAAAACCAGAACAUUAUGUCGAUCCAGAAGAUGAGCCUGGGGAGUUGUUUGUAGUCACAGUAGAAGAAGAGUCUUUGUUUCAGGCUGCUUAUCCUGAUGUGUUUGCCCUCUAUCAAAUGGAAAAGUCAGAAGUUCUUCAGAAGAAACAGAAAAAAAAGAAAGACAGACCAGAAGAAAAGGAAUUACUAAAUGCUUAUGAUGAAGUUACCAAUCUUCUGUCACAAAUUAAUUUAAAGCCUACGUACAGAAUUCUUCCUGUGCAAGACUCCAUGUCAGAUACAAAAGCUCUCCCAGAAGAUCAGACACAGCAGAGAAGUACUGGAUCAAAAGAUGCAUUAUCUUCAGCUUCCUGCAUAACAACAGUUCACAUGUCAGCAUCAACAGCUGCUCUUGCUGGCUCAUCUGUGCCCUCACAGUGCACAAAGUAUUCAGGGAUAGCAUCCUCUUCCUCUGUCCCAGCUCGUCUGCAGCUGGGCAGGACCAAUGGGAAAGGAACCUCCUUUAGCACUUCACCAGCCUAUGGAGGUGAUGACCGUGAUCCAGCAGCUGACUUAACCACAUGCAGAAAACCCUCACAUCCACUAAGUCAUGAAUCAGCAGGAAAUAGCUCGGAAUAUUCUGAUGUUACACAGUCUGAUAUGCAUUCUGAUAGUGAAGAUGAUCUGUUCUCAAAUGAUGCUGUGGGACAACUCCAGGAGUGCUCUUUACGUGAGCGAAUACUUAAGAAGGCUCCCAUUCCAUCACAGCCUUUUUCUGAAGAUGUAGUGCAGCUGGAGUGUUUAAAUUGUCUUAAACAAACAAAAGAAACAUUGAAUGCUGAUAGAAAUGGUGUCUCUUCCUCAUGUCAGUUAAAUAACCUAGUGCAGGAAAGUAAAAAUGUUCUAUCAGAAAACUCUGCAAGUGAAUCCAGCGUACAUAUCUAUCAAGAUGUGUGCAAAAAUGCUGACAUCCUGGGUGAAAUGGUGCAAAAAGGCACUUACAUAAGUGGUUCAGCAUCUCUAGCCUUCAGUGGACAAGCAACAGAGACACUUCAUUCUGGGUGUGAAACACUUCCAGCAUCUCAAAAGCCAGCAGAUUCAACUGGCUGUCACAUUAAAAAAGCUUGUAUUGGAACUAUUUGGAAAGCCUCUUCUAAAAAGAGUGUCUGUCAGAACAGAUGCUCUUCUAGUGAAGACAGUGAUGAUGGGCACAUGGAUAAAAUCCUGGUUGAUGAGCAGCAGAAAAGGCAACUGAACCCUGGCCAGUUUAAAAAAGGUUUUUCAAAGAAAAGGACUAGUGUUGUUACUAGCAAAAGGACAAACAGUGACUCAGCCCUUACAGUUAAAGGGAAGAAGAAAAGCACUGAUUUAAAGAAAGCUGUUAAUAAUUUCUCAAUGCAAGUAUCUCUAAAACCAUCCUCUGUAGAGGAAGUUAUUUGUUCCCAAGGUCCAGAGCAACCAAUUGAAAGAUUGGGUUCUGAUGCCACACCGCGAGACAAAAGUGCUAUUCUGACUUACGUAUGGGCAGACAGUCCCCUUCCCCUGGCUGAAAGGCUGAAGGGAAGAAUCAAAAUCAAUUAGGUUCUCCAUAAAAUAGAUUAUGAUAGCAAUUACCAGUUAACUAUUGGUUAACUGUCAGUUCUUGAAGAGUUCUUUCUCAAAGUUUCUUCAGUAUGCUCCAUUAAUCUUAUGUGGACACAGUUUUGAUGAAUAGGAAGUGCUGAAGUCACUGGAGCUGAAGUUUGGAACUAAAACGUUAACAAAAGUACCAAAGAGUUGAUUGUAGGCAAGUACCAGUCAUUCUGGGUGUGUUUACAUUCUGAACUUGAAACAUAAGCAUUAGGAUACAGUGUGCAAGGAUGAGGGAGAUUUUUUUAAGAAAAAGGAGGGUGUUUUUUCCCAACCAGUUGUGUGGAUUUUGUGUACAUUUAUUAGUCUUGCUUAUAAAAACACUUAGUAGAGUAGUGCCUGCAGUGCUGUUGGAGACUCUUAUUAAGACAAUAUGAUGCAGUGUUUUUAAACCAAAGUUCUUCAUUCAGCUCCAAUACCUUAAUUUUGCAAAUUUUUAAAUGGGUUUUGAAAUCCUGUGUUUCUGGUUGUGUUGACUGUUUCUGAAGGACCAGAUAGAGACACACACUAGAUAUACCUCCUCACAGGGUAUCUUAAUUUAUAUCUGUCAUGCCCCAUAAUAAGCUAUUCUUUGGGGGUGUGCCUCUUCCAAAGGGUGGGAUAAGCCAUGUAAGGAUACUGUGGUGUUGUAGCUGUCAUAGCUAAUAUUUAUGAAAAUUUGAUGACUGUUUCAAUUAAAUGUAAUUAAAUUUAAAUUUAAUAGGGCAUUUUUUCUUCAAGAAGGUUGAAAUCCCAUCUAACAUUUAACUUCAUAACAGAGUGAAAGAUAAGUUACAGAAAAUCUAAUUAUAUUGCAGUUCUUUGAAUGUAAUGUUUGGUGGUUUUUUUAAAAGGGGAAACUUGAGUACAAUUAUGGUUUUGAAAGUGCUCUUCCUACCUCUAUUAUAGAAGCAAUCGCUGUUUAUACACCAAAAAAAGUUGUCUUCAACAGUUGCCUGUUGAAGGAAUGCCUCCUUGUCUGCAUUUAGGUGUUUGUAACUUUUUCUGUGCACCAGCCAGAAGGAAGACAUCUCUUGCCAAGAUAUUCUAAAUUUCUCUUGUUAACAAUAUAUCUGUGGCUUAGUGAAAAUGUCAGUUCUUCGUAAUGGUCAAGGAUCAAGUUUGGAAGCUGAAUUACAGGUGUGUUUAAGGAAGACAGAGGUAGCCUAUAGCUAAUACACUCUGUAAUUAGCCAAAAUAGUAGUUUCUUAGUUUACUCUGUGGAGAGAUGGAAAAAAAUUAUUUAUAAUUGAUUUUCCAAAUGAGAAAUGUAUUCUGGAAAUGAGGAAAAAAAAAUCAAAAGUAUUGGAAACUUACUUUCAGUUUUGAAGGUGGUCUUUGUCUUCUGGAGACUCUUAUGCACCCAGCUGAUAUGAGAGGUUAGCUGGAAGAAUAGUACUGUGAAGGAGAGUAAGAGUCACCUGAGAAUUUUAAAGGGAGAGAUUCAUAGUGGGACAGAAUUGUUUGGAUUGGAGGGAACCUUAAAAUCAUCUCGUUCCAACCCCUGUGCCAUGGACAGGGAACCAUUCCUUAUGCAGUGGUCAGUAAUGGAGAGACCUGAGUGGGGUUUUUUGGUGGAAAAACACUGUUCUUUGUUAUGUAUGGGUUUUUUUUUUUUUUUUUUCCCUAGCUGAUGAUUUUGAAUACUGAAAGUUGAAAUCAAGUGGUUAAUUUUUCAUUAAUAAAAAUGCCAACAUCAUGUGAAUGAACUCACUUUUGUUCCCUCCCAGGGUAUGGGAAUGUGCUCUUUUGUUGGGAGGGAUCAUUCAGUUUCACCCACAAUGUGUGGAUUUCAGUGAUUCAGAGCUUUCUUUACAAUCAGGGGACCAGAGUGGAUUUUGGAGGGAAUUUGUUUUCUAGAUCUGCUUGGGAUGACUGUUUUAAUGGAUGAGGAGGUGAAAAUACUGUCAGAAUUUUGUGAAUGGUGAAAGUUGGAAAGGAGAUAUAAGAUAUUAAGAACUGCAGAGGAAAAAAUAUUAUGUUGCUGAUUUUUCCUGCUAAUUAAUUGGGUUUUGCAAGUAGAGUUCAAGCAUGAAAAGCAGAAAAUUUUCAGUUUAUUCCUAUGUAAUGCAUCCAAGUUUUCUGCCAGUUUUCUGCCGCUACUUUAGAAGCAACAAUAGAUGCAGGGAAAAAAAAAACAACAACAAACAAAACAACAAAAACAACUGCGUGGAAUACUCCCUCUAUUUAGGCUGUAGCUGCUCAUUGCAGUAAAUAAAAACAUUUGUCUUUGGGGGUGACUGUUGCUUGAAUUAAACUUGUGAUUCAUUACAGAAGGGUAAUUACAAUUUUUAAAUUGUUGUGGUUUCUCAUCUUUAUGUAAUUUACUCACAGUCUAAAGAUUAGGGAUGAUUUUUCUUUGGAGCUUUUUACUGUGCUGACUGCUUUGCAACCUUUCACACUUGCGAGAAUGAUGUUUAAAUAAAUUGAGGGGGUGUAACGUAACUUUCUUCUGCAGGGAAUGUUUCUUCAGGAUUAUGUUAAA